AAAAAAAUGAGGUGAUGAAAGCAGACACAGCAGUAAUGCUGUCAUACCUGUGAUGAGAACCUCGGGGUGGUCAGUCACUGAGAAGGUGAUGGAGCGAAACCUGGCAUCAAGUGGUGAUCUCAUUUGACGAGAAGCUGCGGAGCACAGGUAUUUGGGAAGUGACGUCACCAGCCCUGAAACGGAGGAAGGGGGGGACGAAACGUUUCGGCGAGCAAGAUGGCAGCGAAAUCCGAUGGCGUGGGGGUCGUUACCGGGUUCGCGCAGCUGGAUGAGCAGGACGAUACGGCGCUCAACGACGACGAUCUGGACAGCGCGGCCAUCCACAUCUGCCAUUGCUGUAAGUCGUCGUCGUGUUACUGGGGCUGCCGGAGCGCGUGCCUGCGCUCCCUGACGGGGAAAGGGAUCCGGAGAGGUGGAAGAGGAGCGGAGGAGCGCCUAUGGUUGGACUGUCUGUGGAUCGUGCUGGCCAUGCUCGUGUUCUUUUGGGACGUGGGCACGGACGUGUUGUUGGCCGUGGAUUACUACGGGAAGCGGGACUACGCGUGGUUCGGGCUCACGCUCUUUUUCGUGCUCGCUCCGUCCGUGCUCGUGCAGAUCCUCAGCUUCAGGUGGUUCGUGCAGGACUACACGGGCGGAGGCCUCGGUCCGGUGCAGGGUCUGAGCCGGAGAGCAACCGCUGGACUGAGCGCAGGCAAAUACAGCAGGCAUACGUGCUGCCACAUCUCCAUCUGGACUUGGCAAGUGCUGGUACAUCUCCUGCAAAUGGGCCAAGUGUGGAGAUACAUUCGGACUAUGUACCUGGGCAUCCAGAGCCGGCGCCAGACCAAACACAGACGGAGAUUCUAUUGGGCCAUGAUGUACGAGUAUGCUGAUGUCAACAUGCUUCGACUGCUGGAGACGUUUUUGGAGAGUGCUCCACAACUGGUGCUACAACUUUGCAUUAUGAUCCAGAAGAACCGGGCUGAGACUUUGCAGUGUAUCUCUUUAUUAGGAUCGCUGAUGUCUCUGUCCUGGGUGUUAGCUUCCUACCAUAAGCUCCUGAGGGACUCCAGAGAUGACAAGAAGAGCAUGAGCUAUCGAGGGGCACUGAUUCACAUCUUCUGGAGGCUCUUCACCAUUUCUUCAAGGGUGCUCUCCUUUGCUCUCUUCGCAUCUAUCUUUCACAUCUACUUUGGCAUUUUCGUGGUGAUGCACUGGUGUGCCAUGGCCUUCUGGAUUGUGCAUGGAGGCACUGACUUCUGCAUGUCCAAGUGGGAGGAGGUGCUCUUCAACAUGGUAGUUGGCAUUGUCUACAUAUUCUGCUGGUUUAACGUGAAGGAAGGUCAGACACGCUACCGGAUGAUGAUCUACUACUUUGUGGUGCUGGCUGAGAACACAGUGCUCACCUGUCUGUGGUACACCUACAGGGACCCAACCACCACAGACUCUUACGCAGUGCCAGUCCUAUGCGGCGUUUAUCUAAGUUUUGCCUCAGGAGUGGUCUUCAUGGGCAUCUACUAUGGAGUCCUUCACCCCAUGGGCCCUAGGAGGAGGGUGCUAGCCAGCUCCUGCUGUGCCGAUCUAUUGUGGGGUCUCCCUUUACCCCCUGAGGCCGAGCCAAUGGCACCAACCCCUGGUCCUCAUGCUACACAGACAACCCCAAGCCGGGCAUCUACAGCAGGUUAUGGACAGCAGGAUGACUCCACUACAGACACCUGUCUACCAGUGUUUCAGGUGCGCUCCCCUGAGCUCACCAUGCCAUCGGGUCGCCAUCGACCAGAGGGGCCGCUCAUCAAGAUCGAUAUGCCCCGCAAACGUUACCCAGCCUGGGACGCCCACUUUGUGGAUCGGCGCCUGAGAAGGACCAUUAACAUCCUGCAGUUUAUCAGCCCCUCGGCUGUAGGGAUCAGGUACAGGGACGGGCCUCUUCUCUAUGAGCUCCUGCAGUAUGAGUCCUCUCUGUGACCACGUCCUCUCUCCUCCAAGCCCUUUGUGUCACUCUUUCUGUCCUGUUCAUUAGUCAUCAUCCAUUCCUGUCAAUUUUUUUACCUUUCAUUUAAUCAAAAGGGUUUAAACGUUUUUUGCAACAACAAAAAAGUUUUGUAAUUAUUUACUAUAAAUGAAUACUUAAAAUGUGAAAAACAAAACUUGAUCUUAGUCAUUGUACAUGAUUUUCUUAUGCAAACUGUGAGUGUAUAUUUUAUUUGUACAUAUGCAUUUUCGUUUUUAUAUAGUCUAUUUAAAAAUGUCAACUUCCUUUAAGAAGAUGUAUAUCUUCUGUCAGUGUGUUUACAGCUAGCUGAAACCAUCCCAUUGGAAAAAUGGAGGUAGAUUGACCUUGUUGAUGCUCCUUUUCAAUUCCAUUCAGUUCCAGUUAUGUUUAUCUUUAGGUGUCUUCCUGUUUGUUUCCUCUUGUAAAUAGUUUGUCAGUGUUCUGUAGGGUUUCAGACUUUGCUUUGCACUUACACUGACCUCUGCAGGCAAAAGCUUAAAAUUGAUGGAUUACACAGUGGCAUUCAUUGACUGAUUGCCUUAACGAUAUCUUAAUAAGAAGUCCUAAUUUUAGAAAUGUACUUCAUGAGAUACCUCAUUGACUCAUGAUAGCACAGUUUUCAUUAAAAGCUCAUAAAGUACAUUUUGCACAGCAUGUUUAAUGUAAGUAUUAGCAAGCACAAAAUGAAAGUUUGUUGAGUACAUAUGUAAAAGACAGCUUUUGACUUAAGAAGAGCUCUCCGAUUUACUUUUCAUAACAGUGAUGCCAGGUCCACUGUUUUCUUGCUGAAUUGAAUUACUCUGGAGUGUAUUAUCAGUGAAUUGGUCUCAGCUAUAAUAAUAUAAUAAUAUCUGUAAUAAUGAGAUCAUGUAGUCAAACUAUGCUUUACCACUGCUUCAUGCAUUUUAAAAGCUAUGUGUAGGGUUUAAAAGGGGAAUAUGCUUUAGAUUUGGACUAGUCUUACUGACCUUUGGAUGGGUUUGAAUGGGCAUUGACGCAUUGUUUUGUAACGCAGACCUGGCAACCCUGCUUCAAAGUAUUGUGCUCUUGCCUUCUUAGCUGUCCAUCUAUCUUCCUGCAUUUUUGUAGGAAUGGUCAGGUAGUUCUCCUCCAUUCUUCCCAGCCCCCCACAUGCAUUUCUCUGUUGGUGCUCAUUCUUAUGGUUUUUAGUCCAAUUCCCCAUUUGGACAUUAAACCAAGUAAUAAAGUUAAAAGGUGCAAAUGCUUAUCAGUGAUUCCGUAUGGAAUCAUUUGCAUACAUGUAUUUUUUUUUUUUUUUCCAAGUGUUGGAUUUUUAUUUAUUUAUUUUACUUUUGUCCAAAAAAGCUGGACUCAUGGAACUAAAUACUUAUCUUUGCCUGAAUAUACCUGAUUGGUUUUUCCACAAACUAAGAAACCUUUGCAGUGUUUCUUUCCUGGAGAUGAGGAUGCCUUCCUAAUUCAUGUCCUCUACUGUAACCUUACCACCUGUCAACAACCUUUUUACUCUGGAUAGGUGCUUACAACGAAAUUGUUUUUCUAUUGUACCUAAGCAAACAGCUUAUUGUUGGAUAUGGUGCUACAUUCUUACAUAGAUCAUGUACUUUUGUGGAAAUGCUAGGGCUCAGAAUGCUUGGUAAGGCUGCUGAAUCUGACAUCUGUUUUAAACUAGGGCACAUAUUUUCACCCUUUGCAUGAAAAUGAACU